AUGACAGGAAAAGAGGGCGGCUACGGCGCCAUUGAUAGCGUUGGGAAGGGAAGAUCCGAGGAGGUGGAUCCGUAUUACGACGUCGAGGCGGACGAAGAGGUAUGCAGGAUGCCCGGCAAGACGGUGUUCGCCACCGUGUGCCUGUACCUGACGUUCGUCGCCAUGGGCUUCGGCACCGGGUGGAGCAGCAACGACAGCAUCUUCCAGGAGCUGAACAAGUUCAUCGAGCGAUACGACGACCUGCAGUUCGCCAGUGACCUGGUGUUCGCGUCGUCGUGCGCGGCGUCGAUUGUGCUCGUGCUGGCGUUCGUCGGGCUGUACUGCAACCCGUCGCGGUACGACCUGCGGUCGCUGGGAUUCUUCGAAGGGACGAUAUCGACCGUGCUCGCGGUGAGCUGCUUGGUGCAGUUCUCCUUGUUCAUGUUCUGGCAGCAGAGCAGGUACGUGGUGCUGGCGUGCGCGUUCAUGGGCGCGAUGAUAGGCAACAUCCAGGCGUUCAUCAUCUACCCAUUCUUCAACGCGUUUUAUCGCCUGGAGCUCAUCGCGUACAUGAACAUGGGGGAGACGCUCACGAGCAUGACGUGCGGGACGCUGGCUCUGGCGCAGUCGCCCACGGUGGGAGUCGAAACCUUCAGCGUGCAAACGUACUUCACCAUCCUCUUCGGCUUGACGUGCAUGGCGGCCUCGGCGUGGGGGUCGCUGGCGUGGCAGACUGGAUUCAGGCGCGACGCCGACGAGGUGGACUCGCCGCAAGACCUCUCGGAGGGAGAGGAGGAAAACGAAAACCACCCGGAGCGAAAGCCGCUCCUGCAAAAGGUGGAGCGCGGCGGUGGCGACGGGGCGGCGCUCGCGGACGGAGGGGGGAGCGGCGAGCUGGUGUGGACGGCUGGCGAGAUCAUCACGCGAGGACCGCACGGGAUGACGGCGCCCGCGGAGGAGGUGAGAGGCGCGAGGAGGCAGGGACCCAUGCAGAAGCUGCGCGGGCUGUGCACGAACGUCGCGGGGGUGUUGGGUAAGGAAGGUACGCACCUCAGGUCGCUUCUGGCCAUCGCGGGGACGAACUCGAUUCUGACGUGGACGGUGCUGCCCGCGCUUUUGCCGUUCACCGCCGCCGCCGUCUCCGGGUCGUGCAGAACCGACGACCCGAUCAGCAAGGGGUUCAUACGCAUGUGCACGUCGUUGUCUUCCAUGAUUCGCGUCACGGGGCCGCUGAUGAUACGCAGCGACGGCAGGUAUUGGGGGAAUCCGAACUUUGUCAAGUGCGUCGGGGUGUGCGGCAUCUGCCUUAACCUCGGAUUCUGCUUACCCGCGUUCUUCCCCGAUCCGGACGGGUACUGGCAGACGGUGAGGGGGAAGUUGUUCUUGAUGGUGGCGUAUUUCCUCACAACCCCGGUCGAGGCGUUCGUGCAGCUGCACGUUCUGAUCAACACCCAGAGGGAGAACGCGGGUUCGAGCAAACGAAUCAUCGACGCCGGGUUCUUCUUCACCUCGCUCUGGGUGCUCGGCGGGUUCAUCGUGUCCGAGAUGCUUCAGCAGUGGACGAUGACGGGCACCGCGGCGUGCCCGGGGAUAGACGAGCUGGCGGAUACCGAUCCACGGGACCUGCCGUUCGAUCCGAAGGAGCUGGACAAGGAUUUCGAGGCCAAGGCGAUUCAGGACGAGAGGUCAGCUUCGCUGGGAUACCUUCUUGGUUACGAGCCGUACGGAUACCAGUACCAACCCCAUCGGCAUCCUCUGAUGGGGCCCACGUGGUUCAACCUCUUUCCAGGCUGA